AUGUUGACAUCGGUCGAGGGUCUCGAGAAGGCACUAUGUCCCUCGAAAUGUCGAUCAAGAAGUGCGGUCGGACAAAACAAUGGAGCGCAGCACUGCGGCUGCUCCGCGAAGCAAUUCAAUCAGGUGUGCAACUUGUCCCAGGUCACUACGUUGCCACUGUCAGCGCAUGCAGAAAAGGCAAGGAAUGGCAACACGCACUGUCGGUGCUCAGUGAGAUGUGGGAGGCGAAGGUGGAGCCCAACGUCAUCAGCUACAGCUGCUGGGAUCAGUGCGUGCGAGAAGGGCAAUCAGUGGCAGCGGGCUCUGGCGCUGCUGAGCGAGAUGCAGGAGGUGAAGCUGGAGUUCAACGUCAUCAGCUUCAACGCUGGGAUCCGCGCGUGCGGGAAGGGCGAGCAGUGGCAGCGGGCUUUGGCGAUGCUCGGCGAGAUGCGUGGGCUGAAGCUGGAUCCCAACGUCAUCAGCUUCCACGCUGGGAUCAGCGCGUGCGAGAGGGGCCAGCAGUGGCAGCGUGCUCUGGCGAUUUUCAACGAGAUGCGCGAGGCGAAGCUGGAGCCCGACGUCAUCAACUACAACGCUGGGAUCAGUGCGUGCGGCAACGGCGAGCAGUGGCCGCGGGCCCUGGCGUUGCUCAGCGAAAUGUGGGAGGCGAAGCUGGAGCCCGACGUCAUCAGCUACAUCGCUGGGAUCAGCGCUUGUGAGAGGGGCGAGGAGUGGCAGCGGGCUCUGGCGCUGCACAGCGAGAUGCUUGAGCUGAAGCUGGAGCCCGACGUCGCCAGCUUCAACGCUGGGAUCAGCGCGUGCGGGAAGGGCGAGCAGUGGCAGUGGGCUCUGGCGAUGUUGAGCGGGAUGCGGGAGGCGAAGCUGGAGCCCGACGUCAUCAGCUUUAGCGCGGGGAUCAGCGCGUGCGCGAAGGGCGAGCAGUGGCAGCGGACCCUGGCGCUGCUCAGCGAGAUGCGGGAGGCGAAGCUGGAGCUCAACAAAACCUUAUCCACUACGCAGCUGGUCUCGGCGCGUGCGAUAAGAGCGAGCGUGCCAUGCACGUGCUACUGUUGCUUAGCGGCUUGGUAG